AGAACAUCUGACGACAACGGAAGUGAUUGAAAAGCGAAAAAUGAGAAUAAUUAUUGAAAGAGAAAUUGCUUUUCAUCGAGGGAGAUAAUGGGUGAAUUGAAUUAUUUUUAAUAUAUGCUGAUAUCCCGCAGUCCGAGUGAACUGUCCAGCUGAUGACAAAGCUGAGUUUUGUUUCUACAUGGUGCUUACUGUACUGUUUGUUUUUAGAAAUUCACUGCAGACCUCGGUUAGGAGACGCUGUUGUGGCUUUUGUCUGUGCUGUUUCAGGAGUGGCUCAGCAGCAGUAGCGCCAUCACCGACAGUCUUAAAAAGAAAAACAAUAAACGUACAGUAUAUAUAAAGCAUCAGCCUGGACCAGCGCAUUAUUUAUGUGUGAGCUGGGAUUUGGGAGGCUGAAGAACAACAUCUCUUUCGACCCCGAACUGGAAAUCUGCGGGGUUAUAGUAUUACAGUUUAAAAGGGAUCCCUUGAAUCAGAAUGUCUGUUCGAUGUUGCGUUUCUCAGCUAGCGUGCUGCUGUGGGUCGGCAGCCUGCUCCCUGUGCUGCAGCAUCUGCCCGAAGAUCAAGCAGUCCACGGCAACCCGCUUCAUGUACACCCUUUACUUCUUUCUGGUGACGGGCAUCUGCAUCAUCAUGAUGUCGCCAACAGUGACCGAUGCAAUGAAGACUAAAAUCCCUUACUAUUCUGAGCUGUGCUCACACAUCCAAGCAGGGGAGAACUGUGAGAUGCUGGUAGGCUACUCAGCUGUGUACAAGGUUUGCUUUGGGAUGGCCUGCUUCUUCUUCUUCCUCUUUGUUUUCACCCUCAAAGUUAACAACAACAGAGGAUGUCGAGCAUACAUUCAUAAUGGAUUCUGGUUCUUUAAAUUUCUGGCUUUACUUGGCUGCUGCACAGGUGCAUUCUUCAUUCCUGACCAAGAUACAUUCCUUCAAGUUUGGCGCUAUGUAGGGGCAGCAGGAGGAUUUAUAUUCUUGGUAAUCCAGCUUUUCCUCCUGGUGGAGUUUGCCCACAAAUGGAACAAAAACUGGACAUCAGGCACCAAGCACAACAAACUGUGGUACGCGGCCCUGGCUCUGAACACCCUGAUUCUGUACUCGGUGGCAGUUGGGGCCCUGGUUGUGAUGAUUAUUUUCCACACACACUCCGAAGGCUGCUUUCUCAACAAGAUUUUCCUUGGCCUCAAUUCUAGCUUGUGCUUAUUUGCUUCAUUUUUAGCCAUCUCGCCAUGCGUUCAGAAAUUGAAGCCAAACUCAGGCCUGUUGCAGUCAGGAGUCAUCAGUGUUUAUGUCAUGUACCUCACAUACUCUGCACUAGCAAGCAAACCCGCUGAAUACUAUGUGGAUGAAACAGGUAGAAACACUACCAUCUGUGUCCCUCCCUUCAACACUGAUUCAGAUAUCAAUUAUACCGUCAAAAUUUUGGGUGGAGUUAUAAUGGUCGGUUGUGUGGUUUAUUCCUGUUUAACAUCUACUACAAGAUCAAGUACUGCAGCCUUAGGAGUAUCCAAGAACCCUGUUCCCGAGAAUGAGGUAGCACGUUGCUGCUUCUGUUUCAGUCAGGAGGAUGAAGCGGACUACUAUGUGGAUAAUCGAAGAGGGGGACAGAAAGUGAUUUAUGAUGAGAGGGAGGGUACCGUCUACAGCUACGCCUUUUUUCACUUUGUCUUCUUCCUUGGAUCUCUCUACGUCAUGAUGACAAUCACCAACUGGUUCCAUUACGAGGAUGCCAAAAUCGAAAAGCUGUUCCAUGGGAGUUGGUCCGUUUACUGGAUCAAGAUGGCUUCUUGUUGGUCCUGUCUGUUUCUCUUCACAUGGACACUCAUGGCACCGCUUAUGUGUCCCAACAGGGAGUUCCUUGCCUGAGGACUCUGAGCUCAGAAAUCUUCCUAGCACUACCUUUCUCCUCCUUAAUGUUGGUUUUGUAUUCAAACUAGUUACUUUAACUCCGUUAAUUUAGAUGCUGGGUGACAUCUGUCCUCUAAAGCCUUUUCAUUAGGAGGACUUCAGUAAAUAGUAUUGUAUUUGUCUUUAUUAAUGUUUUCUAAACUUCUCACUUAGUGAGGUUUCAGGGCAGAAAUAACAUUUUCCACCUUUAGAUUGUGUGACAAAGCGAACCAGCCAGGUGAAAAAAAAAACACUCAGGCCCAAAAUUCACCUUAAAGUGUCUUGCCUGUUACAUUGUUUUGAAGGUUAAGUGUCCUAUGCAAAUGAACAAACUUGUAAAAUAUUUUUUACUGUCGGUUCAUUGUUUUCUAAUUGCAGUUUUUUUCCAAAAUGAAAAGAUUUUUUGUAGUAAUUAUGUAGGUGUGUUUUAUAUUUCUAAAAAGGGCCAUGUAUCCCACAAGCUUUUUUGUCAGUUUUAUAGUUUGUGAGGCCAAUUUAAAAUGGGGGUAAUUCUGUGACAUGUGUUCUGUCAGUAUUAAAAGCCAUAAUCGCUGUGAGAAAUUGAUUAGCAACAGAUGAGAGUUUUGAUUCUAUAGAGAUUUGUGACACUCUGUCAUCAGCCAGAUGCUGUAUUUUCCAAACUAAAACUGAAACAAAUGUUUCUAUAAAGCGUGUGUAAGCAAUUAAGUGAAAAACUGGUUUCUGAAACUGUGCAACACUAGCAAAACAAGAUGCAGCUUGUGUAGCGUUCCCUGAUCUCACAUGACAUUCCACAUUGUACCUCAGGAUAUAUAAUUCUGUGUAAUCAUGGACGAAUUACUGUUUCUCACACAUUUUUAAGACAACUCAAAAAUGGACCUGAGCAUAACAGAAAUGCGCAGUAAAUCGAUGGCCUUGUUUUAGGUUAUUUUCUUGCUUAUCCGGAUACGUGGAAAUACUUCCAUCUUUAAUUGUGAAUGGAAACAUUUUUAAUUAGCUGAAGAACAGAUAACUGUAAACAGAAAUUGUUUCAUGUUCUAGAAUCAGUUAGCACCUAGGAGCAAGAUGUGCUUAGUUAUACCUGCUUCUUCUUGUGUUUUUCAUUUGUGUUUUAUAAAGUUGUGAAGCUGUUUUUUUUUCUUAGUUCUUAAUGUUUACGUAUAUUUGAACAUGGACUUAUGAAAGAGCCUAUGAAAGCAAAAUUAAAACUGAUAAAAUACUGCAUACCAAAGGUACAUAAGGAGUUAAAUUAAUUUUAAAUAACUAAAUGUUGUAUCAGAAAAUUAUUUAUAAUAAAUCCAUGUUAAGAGUCUUCCAAAGCUGCCUGAUAUUGGCGCCUAGAUCGAGGUAAAUAAAUUUUUUCGCUAAUUAUCAUUUUUAGUCUCCUGAGUAGUGAGUCUUGUGGCUAGAGUUUUUAUUACAUAAUUGAGACCCAUCAAAAUCCAGUACACAGUAUCAUUUUGGAUAUAUUACAAGCAAAAUCAGGCUAUUAUAAAUACUUUUUCUUAUGAAAACUUAAUGACAGAAUACUUUUUUGUCUUUCUCAGGUGCUGUCUUUUGUUUUAAAAGGCUGUAAACAAGAAAAGGUUAUUUAAUAUUACAUUUAUAUGCUAAUGUGAUACUAAAAUAUAACACCAUAGCAUUGAGUUUUGGAUUAAUGGAUAAUUCAUUUUUUAUGAAAAUCUCAAAAGGAAAGCAAAAAAUGUUAUUAAUAAUUUUAGCAGAGCAGAGAUUUCAGAAACAAAAAUCCAUUUUAACUCGCAACUACAUUUUUAGUCAGUGGAUUUGAAAUUAGAGUACCUCCAACCUUUUUUUCAUUUAAGGGUAGAUUAAUGCACAUUGGCAUUGCUCAUCUCCAGCUGUGUUAGUAAUUUAUUAAGUGAAAUAGUUUGGCUGUUAUUUAUUUGACAAUGAUUGUUUAUUUAGAGAAUGAUAUUGUGGGACAGGGAAAGAACCAAUUCUUAAAUCUACUAAUGUUUGCAGUAAUCUUCAGUUAUUCCAAGCUUGUAGGAUGCAGCUGUGAAUCACAAAGUAUCAUUCAUUAUUUUUCAGACACCUUCCCAUUAAAUUCUACAGCAGUAAAAGCAGAUAUUCUAUUUUAAAUACAUUUUCUGUUAAGGAUCAAAUGCACUUUGGAGUAAAAAAAGCUAUUUUCAACAACAAAAUGAAGUGUUAGAAAAGGGUUUGAAAGUAGCUUGCAUAUUCUUAAGCUUUAAUAUACCUAGAACUCCUGAAUCAAGUUUAGCAUUAAUAGUUUCAUUGCAUUUUAUGAUUCAAAACAAAUUUUAAUUUAAUGGAAAUAUAGGUUGUGUGCUCCGUGAACUCACAAUUAUAGAAGCUAAAGUGGCAAUAUCCAGUGUUCAUUAAGCUUUGUUGUCUGCAGUUCCUUGUUUUAUAUGUAUAUUUAUCUUUUGUUUUUUCUGCAUUCUUAGCUAUUUAGAAAAAGGCAGAAGAGAAUAUUGAAGGUAUUUUAGUGUACUAGUGCGUCUCUGGUUUUAAAUUUAAAUAAUGUUUUUCUUGGUGUUUUGUAACCAUACUGUACAUACAGUACAGUACAAGUCUUCAAAAUCACUUAUUCAGCAUUUAUAAGUAAAUAGAAUGCAAAGUGGAUUUCAAAAUAUGCUAUGUAAACUGUUUACCUGUGAUGCAUAUGCAAAUGUCGGUUUUUGCGUAAUUUCCAAUAGGUGUUUUGAGUAUUCUAUUAAAAGGUGCUUCUUCAGUGCUUUCAUGUGAUGUGCAAGCCUUAACUGAGAACUUAAUGACUCUCAAUCUUAGAUUUUUUCUGCAAACUACAAAACAGGUCAAAACUGUGAAUGUCAGGGCUUCUAAUUUUACCACAAACAGAACCUCUGUUAGUAAUAAACAGUGGCUCUUGUUAGGCAAUACCUCUGAUAAGCUCAGCGUUGGUGAUUGGUAGACAGUUUGUGUUUUAUUUUAAAUGUUAGCUAUCCAAUUAAGUGUAACGACUACCAUUGCACUCUGUACCCCAUUCUGCAUUUCAGCAGGUCUUUACCUAACAUGCUUCUGAUUACCAUGGAAGGUACUGUUGAAUAUUUACAUAUUAGUGUGUGUAUAAUAUAUAUACUGUAUAAUGUUCAAUUAACCUAACUGAUAUCCUUGUUUCCUUCACUGCAGCUUAUAAUAAUGUAACCUGGACAUCACUUCCAAUGCAAUGACUAAUGUUUUUUACAAUAUAGAGAUAUGGGUGAAAAUAUAUUGUGAUGAUUGAUUCAUCUUAGUUUAAUAUGUUUCUUUUUAGUGUGGGCUUCUUCUCUGAGAAUGCCUCUGAAAUGUUUUUUGAAUAGAAGCAUGAGCACAUUCUAUGUGUUUGUCUAGUUUUAUUUUUUUGGGUAGAAGUAAAUGAUCUGCUUGUACACA